AUGUUGCCCUUGGAUGACCUUCACCAUGCCGAGGGUGACCUUGACUGUGCCAUUUUGUGUUCACUCAGCCAGAACGACUGCCAGAACUUCAUGUUUGAUCAGGCAACCGGAACCUGCAGUCUAGACUCGGUCAAUGAAUUAGUGCCACAACCGUCAGCUGCUGAGUCAACGCUCUUCUCGCUGGGCAAGUUCUGUCAAGUCAAUGAGACGGUCAACUUCAUCGGCAAUGGCAGGAUGGGAUCUUGUCUCAAUAUGAAGCUCUUAGUAGAUUGCGUUGACAAGUUAUUUUAUAUUUCAACCACAGAACAGCAAAACAUAGCAAGAAAGAAUUCAAAUGUGCUCUAUGACCCAACUAUUUAUAAAUCCUGUUCGGACGUCAAGAACUCCAGCAACCCCAGACAACUUUUACAACUGUCGUCUGGUCUUGUCGUCAUGUGUGACACAGUGACAGAUGGAGGGGGCUGGACAAUUUUCCAACGUCGCGUCUCCGGUGUCGUGGACUUUUACCGCAACUGGGAGGAAUACAAACACGGGUUCGGAGACUUCGACGCUGGGGAAUUUUACCUGGGCAACGAAAACAUUUACUGUCUGAUUGCUAAUAAAUCUUACGUGUUGAGGAUUGACAUGAAGUACAAAGGUCAAGGCUACUACGCCUUGUACUCAGGGUUUAAGUUCUACUCGGAGGUUGACUUCUAUAAACUGUCAGUGCAAGGAUUUACCGGAAACACCAGCGACUCUCUCAGUUUGUUGAACAACAACCAGAAAUUUUCAACGUUCGACAGGGACAAUGACGCUGACGCCGCCAGAAACUGUGCCGUGAACUUCCACGGCGCCUGGUGGUACGCCGGCUGUCACUACACCAACCUUAACGGUAUCUACGGCAGUACGGAGUUCGGCAAGGGGAUGGAAUGGCUGGCUAUCACUGGAGACUAUGGAAGUUUAGACCAAACCGAGAUGAAAAUUAGACCUCUUUAG